AAGCUGUCACCUUUGACCGCGGAAGUUCCCUCUCCCCCUGGCGGCGCAGUUCCGGUUAGGAGGCAGUGUUUGUUUACGUUGUUCACAGGUCUAGCGGCUGCCUUCCCCACCUUAGGCUUUAGGAUGGGGAAGUCUUUCGCCAAUUUCAUGUGCAAGAAGGACUUUCAUCCGGCCUCCAAGUCCAAUAUCAAAAAAGUAUGGAUGGCAGAACAGAAAAUAUCAUAUGAUAAGAAGAAACAAGAAGAAUUAAUGCAACAGUAUCUUAAAGAACAAGAAUCCUAUGAUAAUAGGUUGCUUAUGGGAGAUGAGCGUGUAAAGAAUGGCCUUAAUUUCAUGUAUGAGGCCCCACCAGGAGCUAAAAAAGAGAACAGAGAGAAAGAAGAAACAGAAGGAGAGACCGAAUACAAAUUUGAAUGGCAGAAAGGAGCCCCCCGGGAAAAAUAUGCCAAAGAUGACAUGAACAUCAGAGAUCAGCCCUUUGGUAUUCAGGUUCGAAACGUGAGGUGCAUUAAAUGUCACAAAUGGGGUCAUGUCAACACAGAUCGAGAAUGUCCUCUGUUUGGUCUUUCUGGAAUCAAUGCAAGUUCAGUUCCCACUGAUGGCUCAGGGCCAUCGAUGCACCCCUCGGAGCUAAUAGCGGAGAUGAGAAACAGUGGGUUUGCACUGAAACGAAAUGUACUGGGGAGAAACUUGACCGCAAAUGAUCCAUCACAGGAAUAUGUUGCAAGUGAAGGUGAAGAAGAUCCAGAAGUCGAAUUUUUAAAGUCACUAACAACCAAACAAAAACAGAAACUUCUCAGGAAAUUGGACCGGCUUGAGAAGAAAAAAAAGAAAAAGAAAAAAGAUAGAAAAAAGAAAAAGCUUCAGAAGAGCAGAAGUAAACACAAAAAACAUAAAAAUAGGUCCCCCUCCUCCUCCUCCUCCUCCUCCACCACCUCCUCCCCCUCCUCCUCCAGUGAGACUUCAGAAAGCAGCAGUGAGAGUGACAACAAAGAAAAGAAACUACCAAAGAAGAAAAGAAAGAAAAAUAAGUGUUUGGGGAAUAGCAACAGUGAUUGUGAAGAGAAGGACAAGUCGAAGAAGAGAAAAGUUCAUGAAGAACUUUCUAGCAGUCACCAUCACAAAGAAAAAGCCAAGGAAAAGCCUAGGUUUUUAAAACAAGAGAGUUCUGGGGAGAAUAGCAAAUGGAGCCAUUCUGAUUCUGACAGAAAGUCCAGAAGCCAUAACCAGCACCCAGAGAAGAGAGGACCUGAAAGAAACGAGAGGGGCAGUAGGAGCCAGAGCAAGGGCGAGCGGGGCAGCAGAAGUCACAGUGAUUACAAGCAAAGGGAAACAGGAAAGCGGCCACAGCGAAGUCCCAGUGAAGAGUGGAAUGGAAGGAGUGAUGCCAGAAGCCAUGGCACAGAUGUACACAGGGGAGGAAGAGUGCGCAGAGAGAGCCCAGGAGAUAAGCAUACCAGGGUGACGCAAAGAGAACGAAGCAGAAGUAGAGAGAAUAAAGAGAGACUGUAUGUGACAAUUACCUGGGAAUAAAGAUAUCUCCACUUCCUUAUUGAGUAUCUGUGGCAAGGGCUAAAUUAUAUACUAUUGUCUUUCUAAUAAAAAAGCUCUGUUUUAAUUUUCCAUUCCUGAAAACUGUCACAUCAAAUACAAAAACUACAUGAGUCCUAGCAGAAUGAACUUUGCAAAUAUUUGUAAGUAAUUUCUUUUCGGACUGUAAAAAUAUUUUCUGUUGAUUAAGUGUUUCUUGUGCCCUAUACUAGAUUAAAAACCCCAUAUAACUCUGUGGCAUUUUCUUUGUUCUGAAACAUCAUUAAAAGAAUGACAGUACAUUGAAUGGGUA